CGGAGCCUCUGGGCAUCCUGGAGCAGGUGCCUAGCAACAGCGGAGACAGGGAAACCAGGGAGUUAGCUCAGCCCGAGGUCAGUCUGGAAACCGGUCAUGACUGACCACAGCCAGGUGCCUGACAAUGCCCACUCGAAGAAAGUUCCAAAGCUACGUGUUCAUGCUCCUGAAGACAGAGAGAAGACCCUGCAACGUAUCUUUGGGACAAGCCACGUGUUCUACAGAAUGGAUAGGAAACCAAGGACAGGAGGAUCAACAGUACCUGUCAAAGUCAAAGAGUACUAUCACCAUGGCCAUCAGUGCCUAGAACAAGAGGACUGGGAGAAUGCCGUGCUCUACUUCUCCCGCGCUCUCCACCUGAACCCCAAUAUGGCAGACUUCUAUGUUUUCCGUGCCGAGGCAUUCAUCCAGCUCUGCGAUUUCUCCUCCGCCCUGCAGAACCUGCGCAGGGCCUACACCUACCAGCCAGAGAACAGCAAAUACCUGGAGCGGCUGGCCUUUGUACUCUACCUACAGGGCCAGUGCUUGUACGAGCUGUGUGACUUCCAGGAAGCCCUGUAUGUCUUCUUGCAAGCCUCUGACCUCCAGCCCCAGAACCCUUCCUUCAGUUACCGCUGCAUAGCCUGCCUGCUGGCCCUCAAUCGACAUCAGGACUGCCUCUCACUCAUCACCAGGGAAGUGAAGCAGGGCAGGGCCAGUGCCGAUGUCUACAUCCUCCGGGCCCGGAUCUACAACUUCUUCCAGAAGCCCAAGCUCUGCUAUCAGGACCUUCGAAGCGCCCUGCUCUUCGAUCCCAAGCACCCACAGGCCAAAGGCCUACUCCAGAUGAUGGUGAACCAGGCCAAGCAGGCCUUUCAAGACGCUAGCAUCCUGGCCGUGCAGGGCAAGCUGCACCGUGCACUGAAGCGUAUCUGCUGUGCCAUUGAGAACAACCCCCUGGACCCCAACCUCUUCCUCUUCCGGGGGACCAUGUAUAGACGGCUCCAGCAAUUUGACCCAGCUGUGGAAGACUUCCUGAAGGCGCUGGACAUGGUGACUGACAGCCAGGACAGCCUGGUGCAGAAGGCACAGCGCCAGCUGCUGCUGACCUACAACGACUUUGCUGUGCACUGCUACACCCAGGGCUCCUAUCAGGAGGGCGUGCUGCUGCUGAACAAGGCGAUCAGGGACGAGCAGAACGAGAAGAGUCUGUACAUCAACCGUGGGGACUGCUUCUUCCAGCUGGGCAACCUGGCCUUCGCGGAGGCAGACUACAAGCAGGCACUGGCACUGAGCCCGCAGGACAAGGGAGCCAACCUACGCAUGGGUGUGCUGCAGGAGAAGAUGGGAUUCUGUGAGCAGACUCGCAGGCAGUUCCAGACAGCGGAGGACCACUUCUCAACAGCCAUCAAGCACAACCCUGAGAAGGCCCAGUACUACCUGCACCGGGCCAAGAGCCGACAGCUCCUGCAGAACAUUUUGGGAGCCCGCCAGGAUGUUGCCACUGUGCUGCUCCUGAACCCCAACUAUCCAAAGAUGGCACCACUGAUGACCAACCUCUUUCCUGGCAUGACUGUGGAGGACGUGCUUAAGAGCCAAGUGGCCCAACUGGCCAAGCUCCAGCUAAGUCAGAUGCUAGAAAGUGGUCCGAAGGCCAUCCACCCACAAAGCAUUGUGAUGCAGAGGUUAAUGGAACGUCAGAAAGCCCGAGCCUUGAUGGAGUCCUGGAAUCGGGAAUAUACUUUCACGGGGAACCUGGAAGAGGAACUGGCUACUCCUCCAACCUUGCAAGGGAAGACUGAACUCAAGAGAAGAGGAGCAGAGGAUAAAAAGGUGAAGCCCCGCAUGGUGAUAUCCCUGUCAGACAGCUACGUGGACCAGACCUCCUCGGGCUCAGUCUUCAGCAUCCUGAGCCUGAGCACCUCGGGAAUGGACAUAUCAGACAGUCAGGAGUAUAGGAGCUCUUCCAACACAGCUGUGAUGUCUGGAGACUCAAGGCCUCAGUCCUCAGACCCCAGGAAGAACAGGGAGAAACUAGGCCUGAGCAGGGCCCCCAAGGUCACCCAGGCCUCUGAGAACCCAGACCAGAACUUGCAUGAGACCACACCUGCCUAUGGCCAAAGACGCCACUCCAGCAAGGCAGAAGCCACGCAAAGCCCAGGAAGACAACGCCCCAGCCAGAAAUCCAAAGUGACAAAAGCCACCAUGGGUCCAAAGCCUAGAAAGAACAGGCCUGCCCUGACCCCAAAGCAGAGGCUCAGAAGAGCCAAGGCUGUUCGUGCCCAGAGCUGGAAACCCAGGUCCCAGGUCCACAGCGAGAAGUCAACAAAGACUUCCAGCGAGACCGUUUCCCAUGGCAGAAGCAGUAGUAGUUCCAGUGAGACCCAGGACCAGAGUCCAGGGCCCAGCAGUUCUGAGGACACCUCAAGCUCCAGUGAGAGCACAACAUCAAGCUCCAGCAAGACCAACCCCCUCGCGGAGCCGAGCCUGCAGCUCCACAAAGCCCAGGAUCCCCAGGACGGUAACCUGAGCUCCAGCAAGACCAACCCCCUCCGGGAGUCGAGCCUGCAGCUCCGCAAAGCCCAGGAUCCCCAGGAUGGGAACCUGAGCUCCAACAAGACUGACCCCGUCCUGGAGCCGAGCCUGCAGCUCCGCAAAGCCCAGGAUCCCCAGGACCAGAACCUGAGCUCCAGCAAGACAGAGGAGGCGGUGAUGCCACCUGGGUUCUCAGAGGAAAAAGGUGACUCGGGAGGCCACUGUCUUGCAGCCGUUGGAGGAGAAGAGCUGUUCACCCUCCGGGAAGUAGGUGAUGCUGUCCAGCACAGCCUGCACCACUUCCUCCUGGGGCUCCAGGCCCAGCUGAGCCAGUUCAUUGAGGAUACAGUGGCGCACGUGAUGCCGCUGGAGUGGGAGGAAGGGUACCACAGCAUCGAUCAGGUGUUCCUCCAUGUUGCCAGACUGCCAGAAGCCAUCUGCAGGAAGGGCAGCGAGCUACCGGCUGCCCACCCCUCCGCCUUGGCUCCCACCCCUCUCACCCGGCAAGUCUGGCCUGAAGUCGCAUUCGCAGAACGAGCUGAAGCUGCAGUACAGAGAAGCCACGUCCCAGGCGGUGGUGGUGGCUAAGACCAGUCCGAGCAGCCCGAGGAUCGAGCCCCGGGGCAGGUAGCCUCGCCUAGCAACAGCCAUCCGGUUGAGUCCCGAUUUCGGCCUGAGGCCGCCCAUCGCCUGGACCUGUAA